CUAUAUGGCAUGCGAAUGUUGGCUGCUUUCGUGGUUGCCUUGGUGAUACUCUGUUUACAAAUGGAAGACGUAAAUUUGACGGAAUGGAAGCAGUAGAUGAGCAUUGGAAAAGUGGUGUUGUGGGACGUCUUUCAAAUGCGUUGCAGAGCGAUGACAAAAGACACAGGAAAAAGGCACUGGAAGAAAUUUCAAAGGAGAUGUUAUGUGAGAGAUCAGAAAUUAGAAACAAUCUUGUUCCAAUAUUGAAAAUGUGUCUUCGAUGUUUUUCUGACAAAGCAGAAGUUUGUCGGGAAGCAGCAGUCCGCAUAGUUACCGAGGCAGUGCAGUUAAUACCUAAUGUCGAUGAACAUAUUAUAUCCUAUAUAUUACCGGUGUUACUGCAACGAAUUGGGGAUAAGGAAAUAAAUGAGCCGUCUGAAGAAGUGAGGUUAAGCUUAGUGAUUUUGUUACGCAGUGUCAUUGUUAAAUGUUCUGACAAGUUAGUACCUUUCAUCGAGGAUGUAAUAACUAUUCUUUCGCGUACCAUUCCUGAUCCAUAUCCAAAAAUCAAAAAAGAAAGUUGUGAUUGUGCUACUGAGUUGUCAAAGUUGGUCCCACAACAUGUUCACGAACACACGGAGCUUUUAAUAAAGCCACUUCUCCAGAAUUUCUUGUUUCAGCAGUACCGGAUUAGAUGUGCUGCCAUAUACACAGUAGGUACUGUGAUUCGUUAUGGCAAGAGUAAAUGUAUAGAGACUGUGGCUGUGCCACUGGCAGAGCGUCUCUUUGAUUCAGUGCCAGCUGUACGCCGAGCUGUCACCCAGGUCGUGGCAGACUGGCUGUGCAACCUACCAGAUCGUUAUUCAUUUUUUCAUCGUUUAGUACCUCUAGUCUUAACAAGCUUAAGUGAUGAACUUGAAGAGAUUCGUGUGGAAACAUGGCAGCUUUGGGAGAAUAUUGGGCUACAAUAUGCUAAAGAAAAUGAAAAUGACUUGAAAGACAAACUGGAUUUCUUGGCAGAAAGCUGUGAAGAUUAUCCCACUGGUCUUAGACGCCCUAAUCUGGGAUGUCGCGAGCUGGUUCAAAGGCAGCUGAUGAAAAUAGUGGCUGCUGUCUGUGGAGACAUUUGUGACUGGCGAGCAGAUGUGCGGAUACGAGCAGCACAGCUGGUUGUGGUAUUGUUGCAACAUGCAGAGCAGCAUAUCAUGCAGCACUUGGCACGCCUGCUUCCCACACUUGUGCGCACAGCUCGUGAUGAUGAAAGUGUGGUUGUUGAGAAUGUGGAACGUGGAUGUGAACUACUAGGACAUUUUGUACCUGCUGAACUAUGGAUAAAACUGCUGUUACCACCACUUGAGGAUUCUCCAAAUGAUGGUGCACUUCGUAUUCUGGCAGCAACAGUUCGUGGAGCUCAGCCCUCUAAUUUCAGAGAACACGUACCUGUAAUUGCUGAAUUUCUUGCACACAAAAAUAUCUGCUGGUCGAGACAGGCUGCAUACCAAGAACAGCUGCUACGUUGUUGUACAGCCCUUAUCAGUAUAGAUGCAGAGAGCAGUUCCACUGCACACCAACAUCUCUUCUUUGUUAUUAUUUCAGCUCUUGGACUGACAAAUGAGCAGAAAAUUGCAGAUGAUGCUGUAGGUGUGCUGAAGCUGCUGGGCAAUAAUGAGAAAUGUGAUUUAGAGGGGCUAUUCGAGAAAUACGCAUUGUCAGUGUUAGAAGAUCUGCAGAGAACAGCAGAAUCAUGGUCUGUAUGCAGUUCAGAGCGAUUCAUCUUUGAAGCCAUAUUGAGACACUCAGGGACUGUGUUUGGUCUUCAUGCAGAUACCAUCCUCUCCAUAUUAAAAGCAACAAUGAAACCAGACAAUGAUGCUGAAAUGAGAUUGAAGAGCUUCACCAUUUUGUCAGACAUCCUCAAGGAGAAAGAGAAGAACUUGGAACGAGCUCAGGAUGCUGGUUUAUUUCUAAUAUCCUUUCUUCAAGAUGUGGCAGUUCCAAACAUGGCAUGGCGUGCAGGCCGGUCAGCGGAGGCUGUGCGUACUGCAUGUGUGGCAUGUGUAUGGGCAGCAGUGAACCCUGGAGUCUGUGGUGCCUUUUCUGAUCCACGUGUUCUGGCACCAGUUGGCUCUGCUCUUUUCCCAGCCCUGCUUGCUUUAAUUGAAGACCAGGCCCACCGAAGUCGCCUUCUUGCGUUGUAUUCUCUUUGUCGACUGAUAGUGAUUAGCAGAUCUGCAGGGCUGAUCAAUGCAGAACACAUACGGCAGAUAUAUCCAGUGGUGUUAAAGCGGCUAGAUGAUGUUAAUGAUGAGGUACGAACUUCAGCUGUGGAAACACUUGUGCUGCUGUUUAAUGACCUGCCAGCUGAUUAUAGUGUGGAGACUUCCAUUGCCCACAUUGAGACAUUGUAUAGCACUAUGCUCAUUCACCUAGAUGAUCCAGAUGAAGCAUUCCGUGGCAUCAUGUUCCGGGCACUGAAAGACUUGUCACAUUUGAGUCCAAGCACACUUCGGGGAAGAUUAGAGUCCAUGCUGCACAAUUUCCGCAAUGAGAAGGCUUGCAGACAGUUACUCGAUCAUUUGACUGACAUACCUGUACUGGAAAGUGCCAGUUGAUGAAUAUUGAACAACAAUGCUCAGUGUACAUUAGUUCUAAAGCACAAUGCUGAAGUUAUACACAGUGGAGUCAAUAAUUAUUUUAUGUAAAAUAUUAUGUAGGUAACUCCUUAGUAAGAAAUAACGUUUCAAAGUGAGGACUGUUUGCUUGUAAUAUCUGUAAAAAUAUUUCCUUGUCUCUUACCUGAAUAACGAUUUUUUAAAAUUCUUAAUAAAGAAAAUGAAGCAGAAGCAAUAUUGCGUAAGUCAAACACAGGCAAAAAUAGGUGAGACUACUGCAUAACUGGAGUGUUGUGGCUGUGGUAAACAAUAUCACAUAAAUGCAAAAGUACACACAGCCACAGAACACUGUUAUUGCUUGCUACGUAUAUCUCCAUGUUCGAAAGCAGUUGUUUAGCCUUAGUUUUAGUUCAUGGAAAUGGGUUGUGUUUCACCAGACAAUCCUUACCAACGAAGAAAUUGUUUCUCAACUUUCAGCAGAUAUUCCUUCCUGAGAGUGGUUGACAGCAGUGAGAAAAUUUUUACAUUAUCACUCUCACAUGAACAGUGAUUCACUAACACUACAAAACUUAGUAGUAUUUCAUCCGUUUUAUUUUAAUGCUCUGACUGUUACUUAUUAUUAUAUAAAACCAAAUGCAUUAGUCAUUUCUGAUGAAGAUUUUUAGAAUACUCACCUAACUGUAGGCUUUCCUGUCAAUGGGGAGUGAACAGCGUGCGAGAACAGCAGUAAAUACAGUGAAGUUAUUUACACAGAAGAAGAAUUAAUUUUGCAUGUGGAGUUCUCAAUCACUUUUUAUGAAUCAUCCAAUAAUACAGGUAGUGUUAGUGUCAUCAUUGUACAAGUGGGAACUUUGGCUUUGUUUUGGUCUUCUUAAGCUGAUUUACAAGAAACUUCAGUGGCUUUAUCCAAGAAACCCCAAAAUGCUACUGCAGUCUCAGUUGCCACUGGAUGUAGCAGUGAUUCCUCACACUCAUUUCUAGAUGCUGGUGCUGAAUUAUUUUAAGAAAAAUCUGGAUAACUCUUUGGAUGAUGAUAAAACUAAGGAUGUUGAAAGUCAAGGCCAAACAUUUUAUGGUGACAAGCAGUGACCUUGAAAGGAAGUUGAAGCCUUCCCCAAAGACUGAAAGUGAAAUAUCAGUAAAAUGCUGUGAGAUAAAAGCAUCAUGGCAUUACUCACAAUACUUACAGAAAGCCACAAAAAUGAGGUCCGAUGUGUGCUUUGAAGGUGUGUCAAAAAUAUUUUCAAAAAAGUGUUAUGAAUUUUCUGCUGCUAAUAGGCACGCAGUGCUCAACACUUUUUGGGUUCAGAGAAGUAUUUAACUAAUCAGCCAUGUGAAAAUAAUUCUAACCAAAUCCAGAAGAAAAGGCAGAGUGAUUUUACAUGUUAUAAAUGAGAUGGGAAAACAAAUAAUACAGAAAAUGUAUUUCAAUACUCUUGUUGUUACAAGAUUGACUGCCCGAUAUUGGCUAUAUUAUUUCACAUAGGGGAUGAACCCUGAUUCAGGAAGUCGAACUAGUGAUUAAAACAAGUGAAGAAAAGUGAUGAGAAAACAUUUAUGAAAGAAUAUCAGGACUGCCUUCCAAAACUGUCAUUGCAUUAUUGCAAAAAAUCCCCCCUUCAGGCUGUACCUUGAGCCUGUUGUCCUACCCAUAUUACAACUGUACAGACUGGUAAAAAGAAAUAUUAAUCUUAUUUUAACCCCUUAACUGCUCUGGAUAUGUCAACACGCACGCCUUUGUACCUGUCUCUGUGUGCUCUGAACAUG